CACUUCUCCUUUUCGCAACAAACACAAUAAAGAUCUCAACACCCUGAUUUCUCACCUGCACCUAGACCCAAUCAAUCCAGUUAUAAAUACAGACACAGAUACGUCACAGAAGCAUCAAAAAUACCUAUUCAGGACAAAAAGGGAGAUGGCCCCACUGCCUCCUCCCUCUCCGCUCCCCAAGUUUGUCUACAAAAUCACCCCAACCGCCCCGCCCGACCCGAUCCCCGAGCAAUACCCGCUUUCGGAGCUAGACCGGCAAGAUGGCUUUGUCCACCUGAGUGCUCCGUGGCAGAUCCCCAUCACAGCAGACCUCUUCUUCAAAGACACGCCCGCCUUCUACAUCCUCAAGCUGCGCCUCGCCAACUUCCCCGCCUCGAGCGUCAAGUGGAACGAGGUGGACGGUACCAACGGCUGUCCGCACCUGUACGGCAGCUUUGGUGCCAAGGACGUUGUCGACGUCAGGGAGUUUCGGCGCGAAGGGUCCCAGUCCUGGAGGGAAAUUCUGGAGGGCGAGGCUUGGUUAGAGUAGAGUAAUUAGGUGGUGUGCGAGUCAUUGGGUGAAAUGUAAUGGUGUUGUUGUUGGCGGCUCAGCUCAACCUGAGAUUGGAAAUUGUGGGAAAAGGUACGGAGGUAGUACACUUAGAAAUGCCAUACAUCUCUACAUAGACAUCGACCACCGUAGUCUGCACU